AUGUCAUCAAAUGAAUCGAUUCCUGCCGAUUCUACAGCAUCAACAUUGUCAUUAAAUCGAGUUAAAUUUGGCGUUUUUCUGAGCUUACAAAUUCCAUCAGCGAUUUGCUCAAUAUAUGUUUUUAGUCAAUACAUGAAACGGCCAAACUUUCGUCAGUCCAUCCAUAAUCAUGUUGUCAUUGUACUUCUUUGUAGCAGCUUCAUUUUUGUUACUGUUCCAGUAUCUGCCAGCGAAGCAUUCUUUUUUACAGCACAUGUUCGACCUGAAAGUAAUCUUUUCUGUGCUAUAUGGACAUGGAUUCAUUAUAGUAUCAAUAUUAGUAAUCUCAUUCUCAUGGGUUUUGCUUGUGCAGAACGUCAUUGGCUUGUUUUUCGUUUAAAUGCAAUGCGUACUCGUCGUAGUCGAAUUCUUUAUCAUUAUAUUCCCAUUGUUUUAUGCAUGAUCUAUCCAUGGAUAUUUUAUUUUAUAUUUAUUUUUCUAUAUCCAUGUGAACCUGCAUAUGAUUAUAAUCAACUUCUUUGUUUAAUACCAUGCUAUUUCUUUACCAAUAGCAUUGCCAAUACAGAUACAUUUAUGAAUAAUUGGAUUCCAAUUUUUGCAAUUCCUAUUCUUAGUGGAGCUCUUUUCAUUCGUUUUAUUUUACAAAAACAACGAAUGCAAAUUGAAGUAUUUCGAUGGAAACGAGAUCGAAAAAUGGUAAUUCAGUUAUUAAGUAUAACAUCACUUUAUAUUUCAGGAUGGGCACCAUUGCAAGCUGCAACAAUUUAUGACAAUAUUGUUUUAGGUGGAGUAGCUCCUCCAUUUGUUGUUGCUUAUUUUUAUACAUUUCCAUAUUUCGUUCAUUUAUUUUAUCCAUUUGUUGUUUUACUAUCGAAUCCAGAACUUCGAGGACGAAUUCGAGAUAUAAGACCACAAGCAACUUAA